GUCAAAAUCUCCUGUGUCCAUCCGCAGUAGUAGAAGUAGUAGCUGCUGCUGUUGUUUACGGGCUUUAAAGCAUCUUCCAAUCAAUGCAGGCUUGCUGUGUAAUCUAUAAAGGCAACUAUUAACAUAUAAAUACUCAGAAUCCAAUUUGAUUGGCUUUGUCUGUCCUUUUUGUCCUAGAUUGGUGUUUCAGGAAAAAAAGUCAACUUUUAUAGAGAAAUGGCUGAAACUGAAACCUUAAAAUUAAAUAUUUGCAGCUUAUUACAAUAUAGGCUGUUAUUUUCUUGUUGUAAUUAUCAGUUAUAAGGCAGCAUUGAUCGUUGAGACAGAGUAACUCUCUCGUUCUCCUAUCAAUAAUCAGCUGUGUGUAUUCAAGGUUUCGGCACAGCGGGAACAACACGCAACGCCAAAGAAUCUCAGGCGAAGUUAUUUUGACUCUUUCGCUUUGACGCGAUGCAGAGUUUCAUCGGAGUCUCGCACCUCGUCUCGGUUCUUCUGCUGCAGCUGGCACGUGCGCAGAUUUUGCCCCCCCCAGAAGAAGGUCACUCAAGAGUGAUGCCGUUCGACGAGGUGAUGGCAAAGAGCAUGUGUCGGCCCAUGGAGCAGCUGGUGGAGGUGGGGCAGGAGCACCCGGGACAAGUGCAGUACAUCUACAUACCUGCUUGUGUCGCGCUCUGGCGCUGCUCCGGUUGCUGCGGUGACGAGAACCUGGAGUGCCAGGCCUCCCUCCUAAGCAACACCACUCUGCAGGUGAUGAGGAUUCAUCAAAUGGUGUCUAUGCACCACGUGGAGCUCACAUUUGAGGAGCAUCAGAAGUGUGAAUGCAGCAGCAGUGAGUCUAUCAAGAACAAACACGAGAAGACAGCGAGCAGCUGUGUCAACUGCCGGUUCCCUCAAAAACAGAUGGAUCUUCACUGAUUCAGAAGGCGGCGCGUAGUUUAACCUGGAGGGACCGUGGAGGGAAUCCGACAGCUCGUCUGCGAAUCAAUCGUCUCUCUGUUCAUCUUCUGAAUGUGUAUCUGUCCUCCGAUCACACACGAGGCGUUCCAUCUCGUCCCUGACCUGCUUCUUCGUUUUUAUCAAACCAUAACUGAAAAGUCCCCUUUUUGCUGUCCAAAAUCUGCUUCACUUGUAGAAAACAGUUUCUUAAAAACCAGUGGCUUUUUGUGUGAGCCGUCCAAAACAAACAUAAACCAACAGAUUAUCAGUGGCAUGGGGAAAGAUUUAUCAUGCAUGUUGCUAUCUGUAAAGUGUUGUUUUCCUUAAUUUGGGACAUGGCAUAUUUAGAAAUGAAUUAAAUAAAAUGCAGUGUAAACACAA